AUGCCGCCAUCGACUUCCUCCGGGUCGACAACGGCGCACGAGGAGGUCGCCGUCGAGACCACGGCCCUGCUCCCACGACAGCACGGCCGCCGGCCCGAGUACGCAGCGUGGGUGCAGGAGAUAUGGCUCCUGACCAAGGCGUCGAUCCCCGUCAUGCUGGCCUACAUGCUGCAGAACAGCCUGCAGACGGUCUCGGUGCUCAUCGUGGGCCGGCUCUCGCCCGAGGCGCUGUCGGCGGCGGCGUUCGCCUACAUGUUCGCCAUGGCGACGGCGUGGCUGAUCGCGCUCGGCGGCACCAGCGCCCUCGACACGCUCGGGUCGUCGGCCUUCACGCGGUCCAGGGACAAGACCAGCCUGGGCCUGCUCCUGCAGCGCGGGUUCCUGGUGCUGACGGGGUUCUACGCGGUGGUGGUGGUGGUGUGGUGGUUCGCGGAGGACGUGUUCCGGGCGCUGGGCCAGCCCGAGGAGAUUUGCGUGCUGAGCGCCCGGUUCCUGAGGCUCCUGGCCCCGGGCGGGCUCGGCUACGUCUGGUUCGAGUGCAUGAAGAAGUUCCUGCAGGCGCAGGCCGUCUACCGCCCCGGCACCUACGCGCUCCUGCUGACGUCGCCGCUCAACGCGCUGCUCAACUACCUCCUCAUCUACAGGCUCGGCAUGGGGCUGGACGGCGCCCCGAUCGCCACGGGCAUCUCCUACUGGCUGUCGUUUCUGUUCCUCGUCGCCUACGCCGCCCUGGUCCGGGGCGGCGAGUGCUGGGGAGGGUUCGACCUGCGGCGCGCGGCCGCCAACGUCGGGCCCUUUGCGCGCCUGGCCGCGCUGGGCGUCGUGCACGUCGGCACCGAGUGGUGGGCGUUUGAGGUGGUGGCGCUGGCGGCCGGGAGGCUGGGCAAGCUGCCGCUCGCGGCGCAGUCGGUCAUCAUGACGGCGGACCAGAUCAUCAACACCAUCCCGUUCGGGCUCGGGGUGGCUGAGUCGGCGAGGCUGGGCAACCUGCUGGGGGCGGGCGACGUCCGGGGCGCCCGGAGGUCCGCGCACUCGGCCGCGGUGCUGUCCGUCGUCUUCGGCACGACGCUGCUCGUGGUGUUGAUGGCGGCUCGACACAGGGUCGGGGCGCUCUUCAACGACGACGAGCGCGUCGUCGCGCUCGUGGCCGACGUCGUGCCGUACGUGGCCCUGUUCCAGAUCGCCGACGGGCUCAACGGCAGCUGCGGCGGUGCGCUCAGGGGCAUGGGCAGGCAGUGGGUCGGCGCCCUGGUCAACUGCCUGAGCUACUACGGGGGCGCGCUGCCGGGAGGCAUCUACCUCGCCUUCAACGGGUGGGGGCUGGCCGGCUUGUGGAUGGGCCAGUGUGUGGCCUUGUCGCUGGUCGGAGUGCUGGAGUGGGCCAUCGUGGGCAUGAGCGACUGGUCCGAAGAGGUGCGCAAGGCGAUUGACAGGUUGCGGGACGACGAGGAUUACAAGAGUGUUGAGGACGAGGAGGCGGUGGAGUGA